UUUUAAAUAUCAAAACUCGUCAUAAAAGAAACUAAUUAUAGCCAAAUUCCGUCAAAUUUGAACCAAACAUUUGAACGACCUUGAAAAGCAUUUUCGUUUUCAUCGAACCAAGAACGACAGGACAAGGGAGAGAAGAGGGAAUAGCUUUCACCAAAUCAAGAUACUAAUACGAUACGAAACGUGAUUGUAGACAUAAAUAAUUAAAUACGGAGAUUAGUUGAAGUUAGAGACAGAUUUAAUAUAAACUAAUAACUAAUUAAUUCAUUAAAUUGACCAAAUUCUAAUUCCCCCGUGUGGUCUCCGGGCACGCAGCCCCAAAUAAACGCAAACCAAAAACGGACCUCAGAAUCCAGCUUGUCGGCUGCUCCAAAGCUGUCACGGCGGCUAUAUGCUCCUUCUCCGCCCCUUUUAGUUCAUUUUUUUUCACCACCAAAAAAAAAAAAUAAUAACAAUAAAGGAAAAAACACACGUUCUUCGUCACCAAUAAUUCUAAAAGGAAAAAAAUUAAAAUUCAAUUACCUUACUUCCUUCGAUUUCCUUAUGGGACGAGAAUUUCAAAUUUUUUAAUUUAAUCUGAUUGGUUUAUUAGGGUUUGAAUUCGAGGGGCUUAGGUGGAAUUUUGAGAUUGUUUUAGGGUUGACGAUAUGGAGAUAGAGGUACAGGGUUCGAGCAACGGCUCGUUAGCGAUGGGAGUUGGGGAGAUGAAGGGAAAAGUUGUGGAAGGGAAAGAUCAGGUUCUUGUUAAGAAGAAGGCUUUGCAAGCUGUGCUGGUACAGUGCCAGAGAGCUCUCGAAUUGCUUAGUAACAACGAAGGUGGAAUUGGCGAUGAAGAUGAUGGCGCCGAUAAAGAUGAUGUGGAUCCUCAAGGGGAAGUCAGCUCUCGUACAGACCAAGAAGCAGAUGAGUUGUAUGAUCUUCUCAAAUCUAGAGUUCAAUGCUCUGACUUCCUUGAAAAGCUUGAAAAGCUAGAGUGUGCUCAGGUGCCUGUUCCAGAAAAAAUUGCUGAAGAAGGUAGUUCUUGGGACAUGGUCAAUGAAAAUGAUCUUUGGAAAGAUGAAGAUGUCAAUUUAGAUUGCGAAGAUUAUGUUCUUGUUAGGCAGGAGGAUAUAGUAGAAAGCAUUGCAUGUUUUAUGGCUGCAUAUUUGCUGUCGCUUAAACAGACUAAGGAUUUGACCCCAAAUCAACUUCAGGAAGCACUGAGCAAGACCUUCUCUGUAAAAAAGAAAAAAGGAAAGCUUCGAAAAGCAUGGGAUGGAAGUAAAGUCAUUUAUAAUGUGGCUUCCUGGGGAGCAACUGCAAUUGGGAUAUACCAAAACCCUCUACUUCUCAGAGCUGCCUCGAAAGCCUUCUGGACUUCCUGCCAUGUUAUAUCAAAGCUUCUCUGAUUUUCUUGUGCUACUUAGAGAACAAAGUGUAAUAUUCACCGUUGUGUCUAUGCUUUCUGGCUGUCAAAAUGCAGCUUGGUGUUUCACGGGUUGUGUAACAUGAAUACCAUUCUUUUUCGUGCUACAGAUCCAUUGAUCUUAUCUUUGUAAA